AUGUCGGUCAUGUCUCCCUCAACGUCUGCUGCGAAUAGAGAACGAACAUUGCGCGCUUUGCGAGUCCUAGAUGACUUAAUGCGAGAUUCACAAAUUAGCUCUCCAAGGGAGCCAAUGAUGCUAACCUCAAACCAACCCAAUCGUGACUCAUAG